CUCGCACUUCAGAAUUAGAAAGAAUUUGAUUAUAUGUCCUAACGAAUUAAUAUCGUUUUUCAGAAUAUGUAGAGUGAACAGCCGUUAUUUAACCUGCAUCCCAGGUGUGAAUGUGGUGCUAAUUCACUGGGUGUAUCAUUUUAACUUGCAAUGCAGCAAAGUGAGGCAAAUACUAGAGUACUAGCAUCGUGAGCGAGCAACCUACCUUGACUACCAGGGGAUGAAAACUAACUUGAGUGGCAGCUCCGUCAGCUAAUCAUAUUUCCUCUAGCAGAGGCUCUUUAAAGCUCCUGCUAAUGGCUUUUGUCUGAAGGCGGGGAGCACUUGGGUCGGUUAGGCUGCCGAUUAGCAAAAAACAGAAGGUUACGAGUUUGAAAUUUUUGACCAUUUCAUCGACAGACUGGUUUUGCGGUAACUAGGGGUGUAUUAACUAUAUCGGGCUUGUAACCGGAACGUAUUGACUCGAUUUUGACUGGACCCGGCGGUGAUUUGCAACAUUUCGUGCUGAUCGCAGAGACAACCUCGCUUUUAGGUCGUUCAAGUAGCGAUGCUGAGCUGGUAGCUGCGUCAUCAUGUUGCUUCCGACUCGAGUUGGUGAAAAGAAACCUCAAGUUAACGCCAGAGGUGAGGCUACCAGCCGUCAUCCAGCCCCAGAGGCCACUCCCGACUCCUGAGAUAGAUGGCAGACGGACUGCUGGCGAGAGGUCGGCGGUGAGGGCUCCUUUUGCGUGAUCGCUGCAAAACUGGUGACUUUACAUCACUUGGCUCGGCGUUGUUGGCGCUAUACUGUCCUGGCUGAAUUUAUUACCUGUACUUGGAUGGACAGUCAGACAUUUCUAUUGAUAUUGCGUAACUAUAAAUCCCCAAAUUGUACAGAAAUAUGACCAAAUGUUUUCCCAACAGAAAGUGGAACUAUAGUAAAAAUAUGAGGAUGUUACUCAGAUGUUGGACAAUGAGAAGUGAUAUCUUUUUUUAUUGACAGCUAGGCAGCACCGUCCAGUAAAAUGCUGAUGACCCUCUUAUUAAGCCCCUGUUGAGCAAAACAAGCUUUUCUAAGUCAUAAUGAGAAACUUUAAGGUUAAUUUCAGUUAACUGAUAUAAUCAAGUGGACGGCUAGAGCCAGCCUAUCUCCAGGGUGUCAGAGAGUGUUGGUUGGCCCUUAUCGUAAGGUCGGUGAUCUGUUGUCACUGCAUCCACGUGGACUUUGUCCCAGGACAGUGGCUAAAGUUUGGACGUGACGCGCAAGAAGCGACCCGGCCGAGAAGUGUCUGAUUAUAUCACAGAAGUGCUGUGAUCCUUCCAUACUGGAUCAAGUUGCAUUUUUACAUCAGAAUAAAAAACCGGUUAAAAUGGCUGGCGACUGCACCCACUCCAACUUUCAUUACGCGAACUCUGACACGUUUUGUCCGUCCAAACUUUGGUCGGAUGGAGGGACGGAGACUCCUGGGGAUGUGGAGUCACUCGGGAACUGUAAAGGGCGUGGACCCCUCGCACUGUGGUCGCCCACCUUUGAGGUUAUAGACGGCUUGCUGUACCGCAGGAAGCUGGAGAAGGGCUUCAUCAAUUACCGGGAGGUUUUGGAUGAGGAUCGGAGACAUGAGGCUAUCUCCACCUUUCAUCGGCGGCGGCCAGGCCAGCGCCACCUCUCCCUGGAGGAGACCUACAAAUGCGUGGCUGAAAACUACUGGUGGGAGGGGAUGUACUUCCAGAUCAGAGAUUUUGUCCUGGGCUGUCCAGAAUGUCAGAGCCUGCUCGCCAAGAAAACAGAGGAGCUCGGUUGUAGAGGAUGUGUCACAAAGACGAUAUCGUCACAUAGUGCUGACAUGCUGAGCAAGCUGAGGAGCCAGCGGGAGGCGGGGCUGUUCUGUGACAUUACCCUGCGGACCAACGGGCGAUCCUACUCAGCCCACAGAGCUGUCCUGGCAGCCGUCAGCGAUCACUUCCAGGAAAUCUUCACGGAGAUGGACCUGAGCAUGAAAGCAGAUAUAGAUCUCACUGGUUUCAGUGAGGACAGCCUUCUGUCUCUGCUGGAUUUCUCCUACUCCUCUACUCUGUGCGUUCGCCAGGAGGACCUACCGGAAGUCAUCACCAUGGCCCGCCACCUGGGCAUGUGGCCUGCAGUAGAAGCUUGCUCUGCCCUCAUGAAGGAGCAGGAACAGCAGCUACAUCCUGCCCAGGGCUUUACUUCAACCUGUGCUGGCGCAUGCCAGGAACAUCAUCACCAGCAAAGGGAAAACAAAAGGAAAAGGGUUUUGGGAUUGGAGGGCAACAUGAAUGACUGCUUCAGUCUCACUUUGGAAGCAUCGGAUGAGUCUGUAGAGGGGAGUCCCAGGCGCAAUCUGCGCAGAACAGCAAAACACCAAGGUCAUAACAGCCUCCCUCUGAGUCCCUCCCACAGGAUGAAACUAAUGGACUUCAAAUCUCCAUCUUCCAAGAAAGCUACUGCACCUCGACAUGCCAUAGCCAAUCAUCAGUCACAGAAUUAUUCGCCCUUAUCUCCAUCAAACACCCAUCGUCUUCGCUCCCUUCCUGGAGCUGCAAAGGAGGUUCAGAGAUUGCUGCCCAUGCCAGAGAGCCCUGCACGAAACGGAAAACCUCAUUCUAUUACUCGACUCUCUCACACCUCUGUGUCGAGGCCUAGUGCUGUGUGCAGCCCAGUGAGGGUGAAGCAGGAAGUAGAGGAGGUCGGAGAGGAUGAAGAGGAUUAUGCGAGAGCACAGGAGAAGUACAAGCUGAUGAAUGUUCUGGGGCUACAGAGGACCGCCCUCCUCCCCAGACCAGAAGAUCUCAUUGGCUGGAGACAAAAGAAGCGGCUUAGGAAGCUUAAGGCUAACAACUAUUCACUGACUAAGCGGCGGAAACCUCGCUCCCCCUCCCCAGGGCUAGCAUUUAGGGAUGUGGCACUGUCACUUCCCCUCUGUAACCCUGUCAACACUCGCCUCCUCAACAAGUCACUGAAAACCAAACCUAUGGGUCCAGUCUGCAGGGAGCAGAAUACAGCAAAGAGGCCAAAGACCAUCCAGCAACAUGUACCUCCAAGUGACAGGAGCAUGCGAAGCAAAGGUGUGUUACCAGACCUGUUCCAGCCUGUGUCCAGGCCUGCUUUUGGGGGUAGAGAACUCAGGCGGUCAGUGAGGGGUGGUGACUGCACCCAGCUUCCUUCACAGCAACCUCCACGACGCAAUGCCAAAACAACUCUUGUGAGAAGCACAGUCAAGUUCAAAUCAGAACCAGCUGAGUACUCUAUUUCAGGUUUCUCUCUUGUAACAAAUAAUGGCUGUAGCCAGAAACCUCACAAAUCUCCACCAUCACAGAGGACGCGGGCUAGAAAUAAGGUCAAUGUAGAGACAGUCAGAACGCUACGUUACAACAGCAGCCGACUAGCGACAAAGGCCAAGCUUAGGCGGGGAACCACAAGAGAGAUGGGGAAGACAAAAUCUAAGCCCAGGGAGGGGGGGAGGAAGGUGGGGAGCCAGGGGAUGAAGGGGGUGAUGAACUCUAGACUGAGAGUGAAGGAUAAUGAACCUGGUGGGCUCCAGUUACCAGAGCAUCCCCUUCCAUCGUCCAUCUAUAGCCAUCCCCUGUACAAAGUCAUUAAAGAGGAGCCAGCAGAGCCAGUGCCAGUUGUUGGGCCUUUCUCUGAUCCUCCCUCACCAGACCUGGGCAAACGCCAGAGCAAGCCCCCCAUCAAGUUACUGGACUCUGGUUUUCUGUUCAGCUUCUGUCGCCCACCAGGGGGGACCAUGGCAGGACUGAAGAAAGAGGAGGAGAGUGUGGAUAUCUGCUUAACACGCUCUGUGUCACACAUUGGGGAGACAUUUGGAGCUGAAGAGUCCCCCCACAGGACAUUGCGAGCCAGAGGGCCACCCACCCUGCCUGUGGUGAAGAGGGAGAGGGUGGAAAGAAGAGUGAGCCAAAACAGGGUUCAGAGACCCAGAGCGGAUUCCCGAAACAACACUCUUCAUUUGACCAGAUCAGCCAGGUCAAAGGCCACACGGACCAUGCCAAAGCAACAAGAUCAAGUUCUCACUCAGCGCAGCAGGAGCUGUGUCAUGUUGGAUGCUGUUCGGCGGGCCAGGUUAAAGCAGCUUCGUGGCCCUCGUAGUCAAGCCCCUAAAGUCCCUAAGGCAGCCCACGCCUGUCUGCAGUGCUCAGCCUCCUAUAGGGACUGUGAUGCGCUAAUCAUGCAUCGCCUCAGGCACAUCGAGGGCAAGCACUGGCCCUGUCCGCUCUGCAGCAAGACGUUCUUUCGGCUGAGGAAUGUACGUAACCACCUCCACACCCAUGAUCCCAAGUUGUACAAAUGCCGGAGCUGCAUUGUUGCCGGUUCCUGAAGCAGCUGGUGGAUCUGCUUAAGCAAAGAGACUGAGUAUGAAGGCUGUCAAUGUUGGACACCAUUGAACAGAACUGAAGACAGAGGCACACGAUCGAUCAGCAGCUUGUACAUAAUGCAUCCGUCACACAAGCACAGCAGUCUGUGGAAAGGCAUAAUUACUCUGAUUCUAAUCUUUACCGUUGUCAGUGAUUGCUAAUGUUAUUUAAAUAACCAAACCAAGGUUGCUGUUCCCGUUUGCGUUUCCAUAGCUACAGAAGGGUAAACUUGAACAUUACACUCAGGGGGUGGGGAAUGUGAUGCCACGGUGUAAAGUGAUAUAACGUCACGGUUGUGUAUAAAAUUAAAAUGUAAAGUAAUUGUUAUAACUAUUACUGCUACUUAUUGUUAUCAUUAUUUUUCUAUGUAUAGA